AUGGUCUCAUUCACCAUUACAGGCAGAAAAAUGGGUUCUAAUUUGUUGUUUCUUGUAAGUAUGAUGUUGGUCAUGACUAUGUCUGAUGCACUCAAAAGGACAAAGGUAACUGUUAAUAUUACCAAUGAUUUAGGUCCUGGAAUCGACCUUGGUCUACACUGCAAGUCCAGUGAUGAUGACCUCGGACCACACGUACUCAAAUAUCAUGGUUAUGGCUAUAGCUUUCAUUUUCAUCCGAAUUUUUUUGGUACAACACAAUUUUUUUGCAAAUUUAGUUGGUCGGAUCAAUGUUAUUGGUUCGAUAUUUACAUCAACGAGAGGGAUAGGUAUGAAUGUGGUGAGAUUUCUAACUAUCAUGUUUGUAAUUGGACUAUCAGACUAGAUGGUCCAUGCCGUACUGUUGACUCGCCAACCGAAAAGUGUUUUCCUUGGAAUCUUAAUCCAUGUUAG